AUGUCCAAGGUUCUUCCGUCAAACGCGACAUUUAAGAACAAAGAAAAGCCACAGGAGGUGCGCAAAGCGAACAUACUGGCUGCAAGAGCCGUGGCAGAUGCAAUCAGAACUUCUUUGGGCCCAAAGGGUAUGGACAAGAUGAUCAAGACCGGACGUGGCGAGGUGAUCAUCUCCAACGAUGGCCACACGAUUCUCAAACACAUGGCUGUUUUGCAUCCGGCGGCCAAAAUGCUGGUCGAUUUGUCAGGUGCACAGGACGUUGAAGCCGGAGACGGUACCACCUCAGUGGUUGUGAUCACGGGUGCCCUGCUUGGAGCGGCAGAGAAGCUCCUGAACAAAGGGAUCCACCCAACGAUCAUCUCAGAGGCAUUCACCAAAGCGGCUGGACGGGGUGUGGAGAUCCUGCUUGAGAUGUCUCACAAAAUCUCCUUGGACGACAGAGACGCGUUGAUUCGGGCAGCCAACACGUCAUUAUCCUCGAAAAUUGUUUCUCAGCACUCCUCCUUAUUGGGUCCCUUGGCCGUCGAUGCAGUCCUGAAGGUUGUUGGCCCUGAGGCCAAGAAUGUGGAUUUGAACGAUAUCAGAUUGAUUAAGAAGAUCGGAGGCACUAUUGAUGACACAGAAACAGUGGAAGGCGUCGUUUUGACACAAAACGUUAUCAAGAGCGCUGGCGGACCAACGAGAAUGGAGAAGGCCAAGAUCGGACUGAUUCAGUUCCAGCUCUCUCCUCCAAAACCAGACAUGGAAAACAAUAUCGUGGUUAAUGAUUACAGACAAAUGGAUAAAAUACUGAAAGAGGAAAGGGCGUAUCUGCUCAAUAUUUGCAAGAAAAUCAAGAAGGCAAAGUGCAAUGUGCUGUUGAUCCAAAAGUCUAUUCUUAGAGACGCUGUUAAUGACCUUGCCUUGCACUUUCUGGCAAAGCUCAACAUUUUGGUCGUGAAGGACAUCGAGAGAGACGAAAUCGAGUUCAUCAGCAAGAGUCUGGGAUGCAAGCCUAUUGCAGAUGUCGACUCAUUUGUGGAGUCUCGUCUGGGGACCGCAGACCUGGUGGAGGAAGUCGAGUCUUCUGGCUCCAAGAUCAUCAAAAUCACUGGCGUGAAGAACGUUACGCAGCCAACUGUUUCUGUCGUGUGUCGCGGUGCCAACAACCAAAUUCUUGACGAGACAGAACGGUCGUUGCACGAUGCUUUGUGUGUGGUUCGCUGUUUGGUGAAGGAAAGAGCAUUGAUUGCCGGAGGCGGUGCUCCAGAGAUCGAGGUGUCGCGUACGUUACUCAAGGAGUCGAACCAGUUCUCCGGUGUCGAGCAGUUGUGUUUCCAGGAGUUUGCGCUGGCAUUGGAAGUCAUUCCAACGACACUAGCAGAGAACGCCGGAAUGAACCCGAUCGAGAUCGUCACGGAUCUCAGAAACAAACACGAGCUGGGCGAGAAGAACGCCGGAAUCAGUGUGAGACGGUCUGGAGCUACCAACACCUUUGACGAGCACGUGCUCCAGCCUGUCCUUGUCAACACCAGUGCCAUUACUCUUGCUGCAGAGACCGUGAAAUCGAUUCUGCGUAUCGAUGACAUUUGCUUCAGUAGGUGA